CUUCCGUGCGAUCACCGCGUCCCUUCCGUGCGACCGCCGCCUCUCUCCGUGCGACCGCCGCUCCCUCCGUUCUACCGCCGCCUCCUUCCGUGUGACCGCCGCCUGCAGCUCCGGCGGGGCUCCGUGCCGGUGCCGGCCAUGAGCAAGCGCAAAGCCCCCCAGGAGAGCCCCAACGAAGGCAUCACCGACUUCCUCACCGAACUGGCCAACUACGAGCGCAACGUGAACCGGGCCAUCCACAAGUACAACGCGUACAGGAAAGCGGCCUCGGUCAUUUCUCGGUAUCCGAGCAAGAUCCAGAGCGGGGCUGAAGCCAAGAAGCUGGAUGGAGUGGGUGCAAAAAUAGCUGAAAAGAUAGAUGAGUUCUUAUCCACUGGAAAACUACGUAAAUUGGAAAAGAUUCGACAAGAUGAUACAAGUGCUUCCAUCAAUUUCCUGACACGAGUCACUGGCAUUGGUCCUGCUGCUGCUAGGAAGUUUGUCGAGGAAGGAAUUAAGACUUUGGAAGAUCUAAGAAAAAUUGAGCACAAGCUGACCCAUCACCAGCGAAUUGGGUUGAAAUACUUUGAAGAUUUUGAGAAAAGAAUCCCGAGGGAAGAAAUGCUGCAAAUGCAGGAAAUUGUGCUCCAGGAGAUAAAGAAACUGGACCCAAACUACAUUGCUACAGUCUGUGGCAGUUUUAGGCGAGGUGCAGAGUCAAGUGGUGAUAUGGAUGUUCUCCUAACCCAUCCCAGUUUCACAUCUGAAUCAUCCAAACAGUCAAAACUUCUGCAUCAGGUUGUAGAGCAGCUGGAAAAAGUCCACUUUGUCACAGAUAUGCUGUCUAAAGGUGACACCAAAUUCAUGGGUGUCUGUCAGCUGCCAGAUAAAGAAGAUGGAACAGCUUAUCCACAUCGCAGAAUUGAUAUCCGGCUCAUCCCAAAAGAUCAGUAUUACUGUGGUGUGCUGUAUUUCACAGGAAGUGAUAUAUUCAACAAGAACAUGAGAGCUCAUGCUCUGGAAAUGGGCUUCACAAUCAAUGAGUACUCAAUACGCCGCUUGGGCGUUACUGGAGUUGCUGGAGAGGCCCUGCCAGUAGAAUGUGAAAAAGACAUCUUUGACUACAUCCAGUGGAAAUACCGAGAGCCAAAGGACCGGAGUGAAUAACUGACUGCUUGUCUGGGUUCAUAGCCUACACAGAUGUUUUUAUAGCUUCUUACAAAGAUCUGAAAGUGCACAGUCUUACUUUGAAUGUUACUUGAAAAACUCUGUAUUACUGAUGUCUAAAGCAAGUCCAUGGUGCUUGAACAGAACAGAAUGUGUCGUGAACAAUAAAUCCUGUGAGAUUCCAUUUUCAUACAGGCACAGAAUAAUUUGGGUCGGUGGGGACACCUAAAUGUCAUGUAGUCCAGUCCCCCUGCCACGAGCAGAGCCAUCUUUAACUAGAGAAGAUUGCUUAGAGCCACUCCAAUGUGACCUUGAAUGUUUGUGGGGAUGGAGCAUCCCACAUCUCUCUCUGUGUAUCUUACAUAUCUGUAGAUCCCAGAAUGAAAAUGCACAGGCUAUAUCAUGAAGAACUCCUGAAGAGCACUAAUUUCCAGCUACUCUCUGUCUCCUCACACCUGUGUUAAGUGUGUUGGUGAAAUGCUGAAGCUCAUGAGUUGCUCCUGUGUACUUCCUUCUAAAAUCUUUCAGUAUGGGCUGUGUGCCAGGGUGGCCAUUCUCCUGCUGCAUGUGAAUUUUGUUGCUGGCUGUGUUGUACUAUUGAUUGCAGUGCUCUGUGUUCCAUUUGCCUUGCUCUGAUUAAUUGAUGCAUUGCUACUGCUCCUGUAGAUUCAACCUGCCCUUUUUUUUGUGUGCAAACCUGUCAAAUCUUAUUUUGCACCUCCCCUCCAGUUGUUGGGAAAGGGAAUGAGUACUUUGGUCUCUUCAAGAAUGCAUUACUAGUUGUACUUGGGACAGGGAUUCUGAUGGUUAGAUUUUUUUUUUAAAUAUAAUUUUCAAAGUAGUAAGCUACUAGCUUCCAUGUGUUACAGAGCAUGAGCAUGGAAUUUAGUGCUGCUGCUCUAUUUGAAUACUGUGUCUUAUUUUCAUCUCGCUUAAGCUUGCAGAACAACUCCAUUUUCAACUUGUUAUACAAGGAGAGUUGAUCAAUCUUAGUAAUAGAGGUUACAGGCUGAUGCUCUUACUUAUCUAUUUAUUUUCUCCCAUUUUUCUUGUUAGGAGUUUUAAUUAAUUUCUGGGAGUGUUCCCUGGUGCUAAUGCAUGCAGUAGUAUGUAAGAAAACUAGAAGUUAACUUGGUACUAUAUGAAGUAUUUUGAUGCCUCAUUGUAAAAAUAGACACCCAGCUGAUAAAUAUUUAGUAUUUUCUUCUUCAGUAACCAGUAGGAAUAAACAAAUGGAAUAUUCCAUCAUGAA